AUGAAGGCAGCAGAGGACCUCUUGAUUGCCAAAGUUCAGGAGGAGUUCUAUUCAAAGGAGAUUCAGGCCCUUAAUGGAGGGAAAUGUGUCCCCAAGGACAGUCAUAUACUAUCACUCUCUCCCUACUUGGACGAAAAGGGUCUACUUCGUCUCGGAGGACGUAUGCGUCAGCUAAGGAGCAAGGUUGGUCUGGAGUCUGUCAACCCAGUCAUCAUACCCAAGUGUCACAUUGCAAGAUUACUCAUUCAUCAUUAUCACGAACAGACCUUUCAUCAAGGGAGACACUUCACAGAAGGAUUGUUACGUUCCAACGGGUUUUGGAUAGUUGGCGCCAAAAGGCUUGUCUCAUCCAUGAUAAGCAAAUGUGUAGUUUGUAGGAAACUUAGAGGGCCGUUCAUGCACCAGCGCAUGGCAGACCUUCCUAAAGAAAGGUUGAACCCUGGACCACCUUUCACAAGUGUUGGAGUAGAUGUCUUCAGCCCGUGGGAGGUUGUGACGAGGAAAACGCGUGGCGGUUCAGCCAACAGCAAGAGAUGGGUCGUUAUGUUCACAUGUAUGACUACACGUGCGACACACAUUGAGGUAAUCGAGGACAUGAGCGCAUCAUGCUUCAUAAACGCACUCACACGCUUGAUUGCUCUCCGAGGACCAAUAAAGCCAUUGUGGUCCGACAGAGGAACCAAUUUCAUUGGAGCAGCAUCAUUGAUCAAGGCACAUGUGAUACAUGUUGAGGACUCAGUGUUCGGGUCUCAUCUGAAAUGUCGAGGUAUUGUAUGGAGGUUCAACUCUCCUCAUUCCUCCCACAUGAGUGGAAUAUGGGAAAGACCAAUUGGAAUUGCGAGGAGAAUAUUGAAAGGUAUCCUGGUGAAUCGCAACUUCAAGCAACUCACACACGAGGUACUAUGUACGUUCAUGCAUGAGGUGGCUGCAGUGAUGAACUCAAGACCAUUGGUCGCAGUCGAAAACGAUCCACAAGACCCACUCGUGUUAUCACCUGGUAUAUUAGUGACACAAAAACAAGGUGAUCCACUCGAACCGGCUUCGAAUCUGAGUCUUAAGGAGAUGUACACAGCACAGUGGAAGCAAGUGCAGAUUCUUUCUGACAUAUUUUGGAAACAGUGGAAGUCGCGUUAUUUAGACUCGUUACAGUCCAGAAGGAAAUGGAAGACUGAACAGCCAUCUCCGCAAAUCAAUGACUUAGUGCUUAUGAAGGACGCGAAUGUGGCGCGAGGCGAUUGGCCAGUCGGGAUCAUUACGAAACUUUUUCCGAGUGACGAUGGAAAAGUGAGGAAGUGUGAAGUUCGUAUCGUGAAUUCAAAUAGUGAAAGAUCGGUGUACACGCGACCAAUCACAGAGCUUGUGAUGUUGUUAUCCGAGGACGCUUGA